AUGGUAAAUAGAAGCCAAAAUGAUGAUGAUAUCAUACAUCAAGUUCGACAUGAUGAUGUGGAAACAGACAAUAACCUAGCAGCUAUAGUCAAAAGAAUUAUGGUUCAAAAUGGGGUAAAUUUUGGACUUAGAAGGGCAAACUAUUCGUCGCCUUUAGUAGAAUAUAUCUUACAAGCGGAAUCACCCCUCAGGACCAAAAUCCCCAAAUUCACCAAGUUUGUUGGGGAUACUACUGAGUCUACUGUUGAACACGUGGCGAGAUAUUUAAUCGAGGAUGGAGAUAUGUCAAAUAACGAGAGCCUUGGGAUGAAAUUUUUUCCAAGUUCUCUCACAAAGAAUGCUUUCACAUCGUUCACAACCUUGCCCCAAAAUUCGAUCCAGACAUGGAACCAACUGGAAAUAAUGUUCCAUAAGCAGUUCUAUAUGGGGCAAACGAAGAUAAGUUUGAAAGAGUUGGCUAGUGUCAGACGAAAGUUCACUGAGCCAAUUGAUGACUAUCUAAACAGAUUUAGACUACUCAAAGCCAGGUGUUUUACGCAAAUACCUGAGCAUGAACUGGUCAAAAUGGCCACUGGGGGCCUUGACUAUUCGAUUAGAAAGAAAUUAGAUACUCAAUACCUAAGGGACAUGGCCCAAUUGGCUGACAGAGUUCGACAGUUAGAAUGUUUAAAGGAAGAAAAGGCUAGGGUGAACAAAGGUAAAAGGGUAGCCUAUGUCGAUUUCAGGAAUGAUGAAGAAGGUUCAUGUCAUGAAGUUUCAUACUCCGACGAUAAUGAGAUCGACCUUGCUAAAUUGACACAAGGGCCACCAUAUGCGUGCAAAGUUUUAGCCCCUCAGAACGGAAAAAAUUAUGUCGAACCUGAAAAGAAUGAUAGAUUUCCAAAGAAAAUAUAUACGGAUCUUGUGCAGAGUGCCAUCCAGGAGGGAAGACUCAAGUUCGGAGACAAAAUGCAGAGCCAGAUGAAGAUCGACUCUGAUCCUCUACAGAUAGUUGAGGCUCAUCAUAAUGAGCCAGAGGAAGUGAACCUUAUUGAAGUCGCAGAUGAUUUCUACAUGACCGAAGUUACUAAAGGCUUCGUCAAUGGACCUGUUAUGGCUAGGAUGCUGGGAGUUCAAAGUUAA